UUGUGCUCUAUAGUCUUUGUCUAUCGCGAUGUAUUGAAGUGUUUGUGUUAAUGAUUGUGAAACAAAGAAUAUUACAAUACGAAAUAGAUGAGGCUCAGUAGAGAUCACCUUUUUAACAUUACUCAUGAGUACGGAAGAGACUCUGUUGAAUCUCGAUUUCGACAAGCCCAACACAGCAAUUACGCCUCCCGAUGACGGCGUGCUAUCUCUGUCCAGUAGUGCCGAGGACAUUUGUUUAGUGCCAGAGGUCGGAUUCGAAGGAAACGUGGAUUCUCCUGGUGUGAAUCGGGAGUCGCAGCCGCUCCUCGGCGGCCGCGGCGACCUAGAUGUCUCCUUUAAUCAUUUUCCAGAUGACCCACAGUUCACGGAGCUCGUGUGGCAGGCGGAGGUGGCCAUUGACAAUGGGAUAUUCCCGGAGCGGAUAUACCAGGGCUCGAGCGGUUCAUAUUUUGUCAAGAAUCCAGGAGGGAAAAUCGUCGGCGUAUUCAAACCUAAAGACGAGGAGCCGUACGGGCGCCUCAACCCGAAGUGGACGAAGUGGAUGCACAAGCUGUGCUGCCCGUGCUGCUUCGGGCGCUCGUGUCUCAUCCCCAACCAGGGCUACCUGUCCGAGGCGGGCGCCAGCCUCGUCGACGCCAAGAUCGGCCUACGGAUAGUUCCCAAGACUAAGGUGGUGAAGCUGGUGUCGGAGACGUUCAACUACCUGCGCAUCGACCGCGAGCGCUCCCGCCUUAAGCGCGCCAUCACCGAGCAGUUCCCCAACUUGCGCUUCAACCGCAUGGGCCUACCGCCCAAGAUGGGCUCGUUCCAGGUGUUCGUGGAGGGGUACAAGGACGCGGACUACUGGCUGCGGCGCUUCGAGCAGGAACCGCCCUCGGAAAGGAUCAUGGACAAGUUCCAGCUGCAGUUCGAGCGGCUGGUGGUGCUGGACUACAUCAUCCGCAACACUGACCGCGGAAACGACAACUGGCUCAUCAAGUACGACGCACCCGCCAGCCGCGCCAUGACCGACCCCUCCGAGUGGUCGGGCGAGCCCGAGGUGCGCAUCGCGGCGAUCGACAACGGGCUAGCCUUCCCCUUCAAGCACCCCGACUCCUGGCGCGCCUACCCCUACCACUGGGCCUGGCUGCCGCAGGCCAAGCGCCCCUUCAGCCAGGAGACCAAGCAGCUGGUGUUGCCGCUGCUGUCCGACAUGAGCUUCGUGCAGGAGCUGUGCGACGAGCUGCACGUGCUGUUCAAGCAGGACAAGGGCUUCGACCGAAGCCUGUUCGAGCGCCAGAUGUCCGUCAUGCGCGGACAGGUGCUGAACCUCACGCAGGCGCUCAAAGACGGCAAGAGCCCCGUGCAGCUCGUGCAGAUGCCGGCCGUCGUCGUGGAGAGGUCCAAGGGCGGCAGCACGUCGUCGCGGUUCUUCGACUCGUUCCAGCAGCGCUUCCAGCACAAGUCGCCCUUCUUCUCCUGGUGGUGACGAAACCAACGUGGAGCGAGUUCGGUGACGCUGUUAUAUAUAUAGAUAACCAUUUGUAUGUAUGUACGGUGUAGCAUAGCGCAUUAACAAAUUAAAUAUUAUAACGUAUUGUUGAAGUUGAAACGACUCCUAUAAUUUUUUUUUGUUCUUUAUUACAACGAAUUAAGAUUCAAAUUCGCGAUGAAAUUAACCGGUUUGAUGAAAACAUACAUUCCAGUUACUUUUGUAAAUGUAAAAAUAAUCGUAAGAUAUAAAGUGUUAGAAAUUGAAAUAUAUGUAUGUUAAUAUUGAAACAACAGUGUGUGCGUCACGCACACACGCACACACACGCGCGCGUUCAACUUCAGCAGCGGAGAGGUCCCGCACCGAGCUAGUCGAAUGCUUCUCUCAGAUGUUACUCUAUUUAUUUAUAUAAGUUAUAUCAGAACCAGACGAGUUUAACUUUAGAACGAGACGCGGACAUCAUUCAUUCAUUUGUAGAGAGUAAGGUUCAAAAUGGCUCGCCGUUAAACGGAAUAAUAAAACAACAAAAUCAUUUGUUAGAUUGUACUUGCAUAGUGAUUCAUUUUUUACAUUCACCAAUAGAAAAACUCUAAGGUCACGUGUCAAAAAUAAAGCCAUCCCAUUGGUUGACGAGUCUUCCGCCAUAUUGCGAUUAUUCAUGUCAUUACAUUUUUCAUCUUAAACCCAUAAAAAUAGGGUCUAUAAUCGGUUAGCUCGCGUGUUAGGUGAGAUGGUUUUAUAAUCUACGCCUGGUAUUGCAAGGCACAGGGAGUACUUUGAUCUUAUUUCCAAAUUAUGUUUUCAUUUCAUUCGCUGCAGUAGAUAAUGUGUUACGUCUGUAUCAUUUCUAACGCCCGACCGUUGAAAGAAUACCCGGCAGGUUGGUAACCGAAUGGACGUUUUUAGUAUAUAAAUAUUAGUAACAUUCAUUUUUCCUACCAAAGCAAAAUAAAUUAAAAACUAUACAAUGAUUUCAACUUACAAGAAUAAAUGCUACAUUCGCUCUAAAAUUGAAUUUCAAUUAAUUUAAAAAAAACAAUAUUUUUAUAAGCUAUAUCGCUGUGUUACCAGGUCGUGUCCUGACAGACGUGAGACGGUAUUCUCUCAACGGAUGGACUUUAGAUGUACAAUAAGGCAGUACACUAAGAUAUACUAAAAUAAAAACGUUAACUAACUACACUACAUACCAAUGGCAGAAAGAGUAAAGAUAAAUAAACUGUUUACUUACGCAUUACAGCUCUGCCGUAUUACGCACUACAAACGGUUCUCGACUAAUAUACACCACAAUAUGUACAACAAUAUUCUUCUAAACGUAUGUGUACUUUAAUUUUACUAGAAUCCGUAAUGAAUACCGUGAAUAUAUUGUUUAAUAUCUCGACCAAUGACGUCACGUCAUUCAAGAUCACCGUUUAUUUAUCUUUACCCCCAUUGAAAUAGUACAUAGAAUAUGACAAGCUUUAAAAUAUGGCCGCGACGAGCCAUCGCAUGUGACUUUUUGACAGAAAACAAAAGCAAAAUUAAAUCGAUUACCAGAAACAUAUCUGAUGAAAUGACUUGAAACUUGCCGUAAUUAUUUUAAGAUUUCAUUGCUGGAGCAUAUUUAAUGUUAUUAUUUGUUUAGAAAGUGCAAAGCAUUGUGUAAUUUAUUGUUUAUUAUUGUUUAUCGAUUUUGUGAUCUACAUAAUACGAAUCUAUUUGAGAAAAAAAGCAGCUCCUUUCAAAACAAUAUGUACAAACUAUCACCAUAUUAACUUAAGAUGUAUUCACUUAAAUACGGAACCGUCGGUGCGCGAUUCAUACUUGUUUGACCAUUUUUUCAAAGUCGUUUGCCGGGUUCCUGUAUUUAACAAAUCGUUUUUGAAUUAAUAAUAAUUAGCAAUUAAAGCCCACAUCACAUUUAGGUUAUGAAAUGUUUUUUAUCUAAACGCUUUUUUUAUUACGCCUCGUAGACUUAUACCAUCCGUAAGCAAAACGAAUGUAAGACGACAGUGUGAUAGAGGUUAUGUUUAUAUAAUUGCUUUGUAGUUAUAUUAAUGAAACAAUAUCUAUGAUUUUAUAUUUCAUUGCUCAUUUGUUAUGUUUAAGCAUUUAACGACAUCAGCAAAGCAAGUACAAAUUUUAUAUACAAACUAAAAUUUGUAGCUUACAUUGGAUUUUGUAUUUGAUUUCUAUAUAAUUAAAGCGUGUAAAUUGUAUUUUUCGUUUAUAUAAACAUCGAUGGACAUUUCAUUUAAUGUAUUGAGUUUUCAUUAAGUACACAAUUAAAUGUAAAAAUAACAUUUCGUUGGUCGGUACGUCACGUCACGUCAAACAGCUCCUAUAUCCAAUACAUUAGCUAGCUCAAUAUAUUCUUGAUACCAAUUUAUUUUGGAAAGAUAUUGUAGAGAUGUGUAAUUACUUUGACCUCUAUAUCGAUAAAUUCGAUGUUUUUAAAGUUACCAAAGUGUAAUAAUUUAAAAUAUAAAAACAUUGGAGUAAAACAAAAAAUUAAAUAUAAGAAUUCACCAAUUAAAAUACUUUUAUUUUUAGGAAAAUAAAAAUAUUUUAUAACAAAAUAUUAUGUAUAUUUAAUGUAAAACAUUAUUAGUUUUGAAAUUCAAAUAAAUAUUUUAUUUACAAAUAAAUCAAGAUAGGAUAGGCUUUAGUUACAAAAUUUAUAUACGUUUCUUGUAACUCAUGAUGGUUUCUUUUUGGAAUCGGUUCGCCGCUGUUACUUUUCUUAUAACUUGUUAUUAGAUAUCAAAAUAAGAAAAAAUCUAAAUGAAAUUUGUAAAUGAAACGACUUAAUAUAAUAAUUCAUUGCCAUUUUGACUGGAGGAAUGACGACCGGGCGCAGCGUGGCGCUUUACAUUACUUUAAUGAUUAUAAUUGAUAAAAAAUUGUCUUGAGGUCUGUCAAGUGCCUAACGCGGUCAUUCUCAGUUCUCUAGCUCGAUGUAGUACAGUCAACUCGUUCUCAAUCGCAUUAAACUGCAAGAGAUCGGUUAGAAUAGAAAUAGCUAUAAAGUCGAUCAAAUGAACGGAAACAUUGUCUUGUAUAAGAUGAGUAAUGACUGAUAGGAUGUUUGGAGAAUAAACUGGCUUUCGUUGGGGUGUGUAUACGGGUGAAGUGUUAGUAGUGUUGGGAAACUAUCGAUAAUAAUUUUGCUUAUUACUUUCUAAUGUCGAUAGUUUUUCAUGUACAACACUAUUCGUGUCACCUUUAUAGUUUCGUUAGAGCUGAGGCUACUCGCCGUCGAACGUCAGUUUCUUCUCGAAACUUGUAAAAAAUGAAGAAUUUCACGUUUGUAAAUAGUUUUAAACAGUCCUGUUCGUUGGUAACUAAUUCAUGUUUAUAUACAUUAUUUAAUUUUCGAGAAAAAUAUAAUCACCAUUGCAUUUU